AUGCAAAAGUCUUGUGAAGAAAAUGAAAGAGAAUCACAGAACAUGCCACAGGCCGAGGAAGACCGCCCUUUGGAAGAUGUACCACAGGAAGCAGAAAGAAAUCCUCAACCUUCCAAAGAAGGUGUAAGCCAGGAAGCUGAAGGAAACCUUGGCGCAGGGCUGACUCAGCCUAGCCAGGGAUAUAAAGAGGACACUCUGGUUAGGCAUUUGGAUGCUGAAGAAAUGGUAAGAGGAGUAGAUGAGUUGGAAAGGCUUAGGGAAGAGAUAAGAAGAGUAAGAAACAAGUUUGUGAUGAUGCAUUGGAAGCAAAGACAUUCACACAGCUGCCCUUAUCCUGUGUGCUUUAGACCUUGAAUUUUUUUUUUUUUUGGUCUGAUAUUAAAAUCUAGCCCCUGCUUUCUUUC